CAGCUUUGGACUACUUCACUGAACUUUCCUUGCUUCCUUCUUAUCUCCUUCCUUUUUUAAGAGGGUAUCUAUUUAGCUUUCUUCCGUUUUCAGUCAUAGGCGUUGAAUACAGUACACAACACUUUCUUUCACUUCCCAAGUUUUCAUCUUUUUUCAUCUGUGUAUAUUUCUCUUUCACACACAAAUAUUUGCAAGCAAAAAAAAAAAAAAAACUUUUCUUGUUUUAGAGAGCUCGGGUUGUUGUUGUUAUUGUUGUAAAUCAAUUGCUAGAAUGCUACCUGGUGUUGAAUGUGCCCGAAGGAGACGGUUCCAUCAGAGCGUUGCAGGGGGCCCGGAAUCAGUAACUUUGGCUGCCAAUGGAGGAACAAGGCGGUCCUGUCUUUCUUUAUACCCUACCAACAAUGAAACCCAUCAUACCACUUUUUCUUUAAUGCAGGAACACCAAGCCUAUGAGGCUGUGGAAUUGGUAGGAGUAGCUAAAGAGGCCAGGGAGCGAUUAGAUGAAAGGCUGAAACUGAGACCACGAAGAAAAUCCGACAACAAAAGGGAUAACAGUAUCAGCAAAGGCUGCUUGAGGUGUGUGGAGGAGUUGCAGGGAUGGAGAGUUGUAUGGGUCAAAGAAGAGUGGCUCAAAGCUGUUAAAUUGGGCCAAAUUUAGCUGGAAUGUCUGGGUAGAAGGCAAAUGCGCUGUUUGCAUGUGAGAUAGCCCUUAAUUUUGUUCUUUUUGAAUUAAUGUGACAUAAGAUUGCUUGGUAAACAUGUAGCUGAAUUAUGUAUACUUGGGGUGUUUGGUGCUGGUGUUAAAUAACAAUAACAUUUUUGACAUAUAUUUUUAUAACACUCAAACAUUUAAUUUUAUAA